CUUUGUAGUGACGUCAUAACCAAGCGCCACCAAAUGUCUCUUGUCGACCCACCUUCGGAUCUUGAAAGCAAAGCUUAAAAAGUCUUUUGUUUGCUUUUUUCCUCACCUCACUUUAACUCAUGAGGGACUAACUGAAGCACACAAACACCAACGAAUUGAGCCAAAAGGAUCAACAAGACAGCCGUUGUGGUGUGCAGAUAUGGGGGCUGUGAUAUCUCGAUGGAAGACUAAACCAACCACAGUGGAGCAGCUGGAGAACCUGGACAAGGAGAUUAAGGAGUUGGAGGAGUUUCGAGCCAAAAACCAGCGACUUAAAAAGCUAUGGGUGGGCCGGCUUCUCCUCUACUCAUCCGUCUUGUACCUUUUGACCUGCCUGGUGGUCUACUGCCUCUACCUUCCUGAACAAUGGCUGCACAGAUUAGCCAUGGCCUUGCCCUUCUUCAUAUACCCGGUGCUGGUGUGGUUCAUUCGGAAGUUACUGAUCUUUCUCUUUUCCAAGCGCACCGAGAGGAACAGUGACAUACUGGAAGAAUUGAAGGCUACCAAAAAAAAGAUACUGGAAGAAGUGAUGGAAACCGAGACGUACAAAAAUGCCAAAGUCAUCCUGGAACGCUUUGACCCUGAAGCAAAGAAGAAAGCCGAGCUGGAGUCAACCCCACAGCGACCUCAGAUGACCCCAAGACCUGGACAAGACAUCCGCCAGCGAGGGGUGGCAAUGAGACCUCCAGGAACCCCUGCUGCCAUGGUGAUGACUCCGCAGCCGGGAGCCCGACCCCCAGCUGGCCUUGGGGCCACACCUGUGGCUCCAGGGGGACCACCCGAGAGAGCGGCAUUGUCUGCCUCUGUCCACCAAGCGGCAAUACCCAGGAUACACUGCUCCCCUGUACCAGGUGUUGGUCUGCAUCCUCCUGGUCCGCCGCUGACAAGACCCAUUCUGCCCAGAGAGAGGGGUGCUUUGGACCGAGUGGUUGAGUACCUGGUAGGAGAUGGACCACAGAACAGAUAUGCCUUAAUCUGUCAGCAGUGUUUCUCCCACAAUGGGAUGGCGCUGAAAGAAGAGUUUGAAUACCUUGCAUUUCGUUGUGCGUAUUGCUACUUCCUGAAUCCGGCCAGGAAGAUGCGACCCCAGGCUCCCAGGCUGCCGGAGUUCAGCUACGAGAGGAAGCUACGGGCCGAAUCACGAUCCCCAGGGCAUGUGCCACCAUCCGGCACAGACACAGAGGAGAGCGCACCCCCAUCUGGAGCCAAGGCGCCGGCGCCGUGGAAUUUGGUCCACAGUUUCCCGAUCCAGCAGCCGAACCCUCAGAAUCAAGCUCUGCAGAGUCCAGACGAACACGAGCAGGACAAAGACGACACUCGCACUGAAGGCGCGGAGCCUGUGGGUCACGUUGAUGAGAAACCAGAAAUGGAGAUGGAGGAGGAGCCGGAAGAGCUUGUACAAGGAGAAGAGGAGGUGGAGGAUGCAGAGGAGAAAGGAGGCAGUGCCUCCGGGGAUGCAGAACCUCAGCUGUCGUAGCCGUGCCUCCUUCAGGAGAAAAGGUGCUUGCAGUUAACACCACUGACAGUCAAAACUUGCACAUGGAGGAUGUGCUUAUAUUUAUUAUUAAAUGUGUCAAAACUGCUGCCUGUAUGAGCUGCUGCUUGAAAGCAAACAAGAAGCUUGAAGCCAAGAUUAGUGGGGCAGCAACAAUUAAAGUAGACAACACUUUUAAGCUCUGAUAUGCUUUUUAAAGUCCAACACUGAGGUAAACACUAAAACGCACAAUUUAGACUAAGUUUCAUUAUAGAUACUUGAAAUAAUUUUUUGUAAGAUCAACAUGAAUGCUCAGAUUUGUAUUUCCUGGUCAUCAUGGCCAGGCUGAAUUCAAGGAGUGCCAGCAUUACAUAACAGAGAAAGGACAGGGAAGGUUGGCCAAUAACAGCCACAAAGAAAAUGACUCCGGAAAAAAGCACAACAAAGAUUACGAGACAGCUUUAUUGAAACUUUGAUUUAGGAACUUAAGUUUUUUAUGGCGGGCGGCACGGCGGACUAGUGGUUAGCGCACAGACCUCACAGCUAGGAGGACCAGGGUUCGAUUCCACCCUCGGAGUUUGCAUGUCCUCCCCGUGCAUGCGUGGGUUUUCUCCGGUUUCCUCCCACAUUCCAAAAACAUGCUAGGUUAAUUAGCGACUCCAAAUUGUCCAUAGGUAUGAAUGUGAGUGUGAAUGGUUGUUUGUCUAUAUGUGCCCUGUGAUUGGCUGGCCACCAGUCCAGGGUGUACCCCGCCUCUCGCCCAAAGACAGCUGGGAUAGGCUCCAGAAAAAGCGGUAGAAAAUGAAUGAAUGAAUGAGUUUUUUUUAUAGUAGCGCCAUCUGGUGGGGCACUGCACCACUUGACCCUAAUGCAAUCCUCUUGCUGCCUCACUAAUUUCUUCUCCGAAGUUCUAAAAGUACCAACCCGAUCCAAACUGAUUGUAGAUCAGCACAGCCACAAUGCGUCGUUAUUAACCUUUUAGCUUGCUGUGCUUUAUAAGAGACUCAUGUAGCGUUUUUGAAAUGAUGCACAAGCAGCACCAAAGCGACCGUAUUAGCGCCACGUUUGACUGCCGUUUGACUAUCACAUAGACAAAUAUUGUCUUUUGACUGUUGUAUAAAUAGAUGCUAUUUUUAAUGAUUGUCAUAUCUAACAUUGUACCAGAUUUGACUUUUAUCACUAAGUACCAUUCAGACAUUUUCCAGUAGUUUAAUGUUGUACUUCAGACUGACUGUGUGUGCCAUUCAUCAAUUUUCCAAGUAUUUGCCGAUUAUUUGCUUUAUUUUUCUUUUCUGACUACAUUUGCACUGACUUUCUUUGUAUUUAUUUGGCCUUUUUAUGGUGUGAGAUGAGACGGUGCCGCUGACAUUUGUUGCACUAUUUUAAUAGAUAGAUAGACUUCCUUUAUUGUCAUUGCACAAUAACACAGCAGUGAAAUUGCCAACGAAAUGUCGUUGCCUGGCUCCCGUAUAAUAAUAAAUAAUAAUAAUGUGGAGAAUAAAUAGAUGACAUCAAAUAUGAACAACAAUAUACAACAGUAAAUUGCACAUAUAAUUUAAAUAAUUUUGAAUAAAUAAUAAUAAUUUAAAGUUUUGCGUGUUAGAUGACACGAUACUAUUAUUUUUUAGCACAAUGAACUGACUUCUUUGUUUUUCCACGACUGUUGUUUACACUCCUGCCUGUAUUGUACUCUUUACAACCACUUUUAUUACACACAAACAAACAUUUUAGUUCCUCAACACAUUAAUAGCCCCUGUAUUUUACAUUGUGUUAAGAGAAGAUGCAGUUACUUUCCGUUCAAUGACUUAAGUUCAUAUUUCGAGUAACAGAACUUAGUGGUGAAGGUUCAGGCAAAUCCAAAUUUGAAGCUUAUCUUAACUGUGAGGUUACUGUCAGAUCACAGAUUUUUCAUUGUGUUAUAUACGACAUUCAUUCUUUGUUGUAAAAACUCCCAUAAAUAAUUAAGACUAUUCCAUGCACGGCAGAAUUAGUAGGCAGAAGAAUAUGUACAAGUGGUCCUUUUUGCCCUUCAUUAAGCUACCAACACAUGAAAAUGAGAAGUGAAGAUUAGACAUCGUAAAAUGUCUCGCUCAAUACUGGCUGGAUGAAGUCUCUCUGUCUUUCCCUUCUCUCCCUCUCUUCCUUGCAACGUCCCUUUUUAGUGUGUAAGACAGCCACAGGAAUAUAAUUAAGGAAUUGUUCAUUUACAAUAUAUUUUAUAUGUCCUUCCUAGGUGUUGAUUUAGGUAUAAGUAUCACCUUACGCUACAGGUCAGCUUACAUUGCAGUCAUACGUAGUUUUUGACUCUUUUGGUACAUUGUUUUCUCCAGCGCUGGUUAUCACAGUUGCCAAAAAAAUAAAAGCUU